GGAGAAGAAGGAAGACGAGGCAGUGUAGCUAACUGGACUGACUCGCUUAACGAUAAGAUUAUGAGAGUGGCUGCCUGCCCUGCAUAUAAGUGGAGCAGAAGCAAUCGUUUCCUCUAACGUGGAAUGAGACACAAAUCACAACACAGUGGGAGCAGUGUGGUUAAUUAAAACGCAAAACCAGGGUACCACGACUGCAUCCCGAAGCCCUAUGAAUGCCAAUAGCUAUGUCAGCGUGUCUGGUAGGACCAAGUGACCAGAAAAACAUCCUGUUCUUAACCACACAGCCCGGGAUUUGUCCCACACAGGCACAAGAGUGAAUGCCUUUAUUACGACAUUCAGGAGACAUUUUUCUUCCACAGUUAGAAACAAUCAAGUUAAACUCUUGCUUGUCUCAGUCAUGGUUGAUAAUCGAUAUGCCACAGCCCUGGUCAUAGGCUCAGUGCUCAGCCUGCUGGCCACUGUCUACCUCUCUGUGGCUGUGGGAACACAGCACUGGUAUCAGUACUGUAGUCUGCCGGUCAAACAUGAGACGAGUAAUGUCUCUGAACUCCGUGAGGAGUUUAUCAAUGGAGAGUUUGAUGAGAAGUCUUACAGCGAUACAAUGUUCCGCUUGAACGGCACUCUGGGACUGUGGUGGAGGUGCAUACUGGUGCCAAGCCAGUCUCACUGGUUCAAAGAGCCAGAUCCCAAGAUGGUGACCCAGUGUGUGAGUUUCACUCUUCCCCAGCAGUUUGUUCCCAAGUACAAAGAACCUGGAAACCAUAACAGUGGCGAGGAUAUGCUCAGGACAUAUUUGUGGAGGUCUCAGUUCCUCCUGCCCCUGGUGUCCCUGGCACUGGUUUUUCUCAGUGGCCUCAUUGGGAUAUGUGCAUGCCUGUGCCGCAGCCUCACUCCCACUUUGGGUGUGGGAGUGCUCCAUCUUCUGGCAGGUCUGUGCUCUCUGGGCACUGUAUGCUGUUUCUUGGCUGGGAUGGACCUGCUUCACCGCAAUUCUGCGCGACCAAAUGGGACAGAAGAUUCACUGGGCUGGUCACUCUAUCUGGCCCUCAUCUCUGCGCCAUUGCAAAUGAUGGCAGCUGCUUUAUUCCUGUGGGCAGCUAGGAGCCACAGGAAGAGCUACACCCGCAUGACCGCAUACAGAGUAGCCUAAAAGAGAGACUAUUUUUUGGGCAAGAUACUUCAAAAAGAACUAACUAUUCUCAAGACUUCUACUUCAAGAGGAUGCUCUUCAAUUCAAUCAGCUCUUUAAAUAAAGUAGCAACAUUUAAAAGGUUUCAGGUCCAACCUCCAAAUGUACAUCAGGUAAAGAAUAAAGUCACAAUUUUUCUGCCAAGUAGGGCUAAAGAAGGAGGGUUCUACAGAGCGCAACAAAAUGUUGGUGCUCUCAUCUCUUAAAAUUCACCUUUUAAUUGUGUGUUCUUUGGCACAUAUGGCCCUUAACCCAACCUAAUAUUCUUUUUCAAAAUUUGUCUCUAUUAAGUCUUACCAAUUCAUGUGUAAUGUAUCAUUUAAUUUUCUGCUUUUUUGGGGCUUGAUGUGCAGUAUCUGAUUGCCUUUGUUUCUAAUGCCAUUACUAUAGCAGUCUAUCACCACAUUGCCCUUAUUCAAGUAUAAUUUGUAGAUGUCAUGCUAAUUAGCAUCUGAUCUGAUAUGUCUGCACAACCGGUUGCAUUUUGCAUGAAUAUACUGAACAUUGAACAUAAGCCUGGGGAUUUUUUUUUUCUUGUUUGCCAUCAUAAUUUUGUGUAAUCUUAAUCAUAGAGCCUUUGCUGUGCAUGCCUUUUUCUAGGGACAUCUCAGACAUUUGUAUUAUCUGUGGUUUCUUUCAUUUUGUGUGGUAUCUUUUGAACUGAUUCCCUGAAAUGUAACCACUCCUUGUGCUACGCUCACCAAUUAUUUAUAGCCUUUUAUUUGAAUGAAAAACAAUAUUUAUUGUUGCCACUCCAGCAAACCUGUAAUCUCAUUUUAAGAUUAUUUUUAAAUCCUUAUGUCUUAAUCCCCAUUCUUCACUUGUAUCUACUGUCAUGAUGGAUAUAUAUUUCCCUCACCUCAUCAUUAUUAUGUUAGAAUUUGGAAAAGUUCUAACUUUUUCUAGAUUGAGAGCACAUAGUUGUUGAUCAGCGAGUGGCCGCGCCCAAGUUUGAACUACAGUUUGAACUGCUGAAAUGGGGUAAUACUAUAAAAUGCAAAACCAAAAUCGUGCAGUUGAAUGAGAAAAGUGAUUUUUGUUUGCUUUUGUUAAUGGAGUGUUUGUAAUUUUGAAAUAAAACAGACCUAAAUUCGGUUGCACAAUUUGUGAAAACCAUAAUUUUCAUGAUCAAGUGGGACUUCUCAAAUAUGUCAAUAAAUAAAACAAUAAAUACACUUUGAAUUGCCAUGCAUCAUGUAUUCACUGCAAAAACAGCCCCUCUAGAAAGAAGCCAAAUAUUCUUAAAUUUAAUCAAAUUGUCUUGUAUUGAGCAAAAAAAUUACCAGUGGGGUAAACCAAUUUUGCUUGACUAGAAUUCUUAAAACUAGCAUAAAGUUCUAGCCACUGAACGACAAUGGGCCUUAAAACUAGACAGGAAAGCCUAAAUUUAAGCAAGCUGUGCUUAUUGCAAGCAAUGAAAAGUCACUUAUUUAAGACAGACUUACUUAAAAUUUUAAUUUUGGUCUCUGAUUGAGCUGAUUUAAGAAUUUAUACCUUAAUCUGACAUUAAUAGUUAGCCAAAAAACAUUUAAAAUAAGACACAAUUUCUUUAAACAACAUAAUACAAAUAAGUGACUUAGUCUUAAAUUAAGACACCAGAAAGAUUAUUUUUUUUAAUUCUUUAUUUUUCACAGUAGUAUAUAUUACAAAAUUUAUAUCAAAACUAACAGUUUCAUUUUCAUCUGCCAUAGGGUUUUUUUUACUUACAAGAGAAAGUUAAAAAAAAUGUAUAUAUAUAUA